UGUGCCAUAAACAGUGUCAAAACACACAGUGCUUCAAAUCCCAAUGUCAUUUUACUGAUGGCUGAUGAUCUUGGUAUUGGAGACCUGGGAUGUUACGGGAACAGAACCUUAAGAACCCCUAAUAUUGACAGGCUAGCAGAGAAAGGAGUGACGCUUACCCAGCAUAUAGCAGCAUCCCCACUUUGUACUCCAAGCAGGGCAGCUUUCCUGACAGGGCGAUAUCCUAUCAGAUCAGGAAUGGCUGCCUUCUCACGAGUUGGUGUCUUCUUAUUUUCUGCCUCUUCUGGGGGACUUCCUUCUGAAGAAAUAACCUUUUCCAAACUCCUGAAGCAGAGAGGUUAUGCAACAGCUCUAAUAGGAAAGUGGCAUCUUGGAAUGAACUGUGAAAGCAGUAAUGACUUCUGUCACCACCCCCUCAGUCAUGGUUUUGAUUACUUUUAUGGGCUUACUGUGACCAAUUUGAGAGACUGCAAACCUGGACAAGGCAGCGUAUUUUUAAAAGGAGUUCAGAAAUCCCUUGUCAUCCCAAUCCAAAUCACUGGAAUCACCCUGGUCUCUUUGGUGAUAGUGCAGUACAUUGGCCUCCUCAAAGUACCUUUCCAAGCUUUGGGUUACUGCUUGCUAAUAACAGCUCUUUCCCAAAAAAAAUUUUUUUCUUUUCAUUUUCGACACUUGAACUGCUUCUUAAUGAGGGGCCAUGAGAUUAUCCAGCAGCCGCUGUCCUAUGAGAACCUUACUCAGAGACUGACAAAGGAAGCCAUGCAGUUUAUAGGAAGGAACACUGAUGCACCGUUCCUUCUUGUCCUAUCUUAUCUUCAUGUCCACACUGCUCUGUACGCUUCAGAAAGUUUCAGAGGAAAGAGCAAGCAUGGUUUAUAUGGGGAUGCAGUGGAGGAAAUGGACUGGAGUGUAGGGCAGAUUCUGGAUAUGCUGGAGAAAUAUAAUCUGAGUAAUAAAACUCUUUUAUACUUUACGUCUGACCAAGGUGCUCAUGUUGAAGAAAUCUCUAGUUCUGGAGAAGUCCAUGGAGGAUAUAAUGGCAUAUAUAAAGGUGGAAAAUCAACGAACUGGGAAGGAGGUAUUCGUGUUCCAGGUCUUCUCCAUUGGCCUGGAGUGAUACAGGCUGGUGCCAUUAUUGAUGAGCCAACAAGUAACAUGGAUAUAUUUCCUACCAUAGUCAAACUUGCCGAGGCACAGUUACCCUCUGACAGAAUUAUUGAUGGACAUGAUCUGAUGCCCUUACUUCAAGGAAAAGUUACCCGAUCCAAGCAUGAAUUUCUCUUCCAUUACUGUAAUGCAUAUUUAAAUGCCGUGCGCUGGCAUCCAGGAAACAGUGAAUCUGUUUGGAAAGUCUUCUUCUUCACUCCAAACUUCAGUCCUGAAGACUCCAAUGGUUGCUAUGAUUCUCAUGUUUGCUUCUGCCAUGGAGGAUUCAUCACAUGGCAUGACCCCCCACUGCUCUUCGACCUUUCCAGAGACCCUGAGGAGAAAGUCCCACUGACUCCAGAAACAGAGAGCCGUUUCUAUGAAAUCCUCAGGGUCAUACACCUAGCAGUAGGCAAUCACACCAGAUCCCUGCAUGCUGUCCCUGACCAGCUGUCAUGGGACAACCUCCUCUGGAAGCCAUGGCUCCAGCUGUGCUGCUCAUCUCUCUUUCAGUCUUGCUACUGUGACUAUGACUCAGAAGAGAGCCUGUUGGAGUUCCACUUGGGAUAA